AAGGUUUUCCGUCAGAAGGCCGCGCAAGUGCACUUGCGUGUCACCGUUACCGUAGAGACUGGGCUUCUGGACUGCAUAUCCUAGCUGCCUUGUCAACAUCUUCGAGCAUCGGCAGCUCCGGAGGCCGGGGUAACUGGCAGGUAGGAAACUAUGUGAAAGAAUCUCCUGAUGUCAUAAUUUCCGGGUGUCACUGGAACAUUUGAUCAUCAUUCCUUUGGCAAUUCCAGCCUUCUAUGGAAAGGCCAGUAGAAAGCAUUGAUUUAUUCACCUCUAUAGGAAUCAGACUCAGCCUCUUUUGGUUUUCAGUGAAGUAUGCCUUUUCAAUUUGGAACCCAGCCAAGGAGGUUUCCAGUGGAAGGAGGAGAUUCUUCAAUUGAGCUGGAACCCGGGCUGAGCUCCAGUGCUGCCUGUAAUGGGAAGGAGAUGUCACCAACCAGGCAACUCCAGAGGUGCCCUGGAAGUCAUUGCCUGACAAUAACUGAUGUUCCCGUCACUGUUUAUGCAACAACGAGAAAGCCCCCUGCAGAAAGCAGCAAGCAAAUGCAUCCUAAAUAGCACCAUUAAGUCUUUUGUCAAGGUCUGACUAGGUCAAGGGUAAUGGACCAGUAUCAUCUGGUGAUCUGGUAAACAAAUAAAAGUGGUGGCACCUUUA